GCAAAUUAUAGGUUGCUGUGCGUGUGCCACGUGGUUGCCUCUGGCUUCGUUGCCGGUGUUGUGUAGCCGGUGUUUCCUUUACCCCAUUUAGCGAGCUUUUAUUUUCGGGUGGCAUACAUAGCACGAGUAAAAGCACUCGUUGGAAAACUCUUCUCAUAUCACUUUACGUUUCGCAGCUGUCUUGUGUUCUGCUGCAACGCCUACCAUUGGUGCUUCUCUUGUCAUUAUAUUAUUUCUUUGCGCAAUCACGUAAAAAAAGGAAAGAACAAAGACACGCAUCCGUGCGGACGUGGAUGCGACCGCCUCUCUUUCCGCUCUGUCUUCCCUUUCUCCCCCCGCAGCCGAUACACUUUGGCGCCCGCCGCUCCUUAUUCUUGCAUAGAGGCUAACUUCCACGCCUGCUGAAUCGCUUUCUCCCUUUUUUUUCUUCGUUAAGAUCUUCAGCCGCCUUCGGGCUUUUUUUGAAUCUGCCGGACUCUUUUCUGUGCUAAUUCUCCCUUUCUCAGCUGUCCUGCAAAGACCGUUUUGUGUAUUUCCGGCCAACGUUGUAUUAUAUAUUUAUUUACCUUUAUCUUCCCUCGCUGUUGUUAGCAAAUAUAUAUUUUUUGCUGCACUUGUGUGUUGUCUGAUUUCUCCAUUUUAUUUUUUGGGAGGUGAACCGCCCCCUUCUUUUCUUGUUGCAUUCCCGUCAGCUUCUGCGUCGUUGCUGCUCCGUAUUGGAAAAAAGGGCUGAGAGGAGCUCUCCGCCGUAUCCGCCGCGUUCCCCCUUUGCCGCUUUUCAGUUUAUACCACCAUUUACGGGCUCGGACUCUUCUUCUCGUUCUUCUUCUUCUCUUCGCAUCUGCUUACACUUGAACUUUUGUGUUUCAGCGUCAUGGCGAACUCCGACUCCACGGUGGAGUUCGACACGAGUCUGUUCCUCCAGUUUUUGUUCUCCGUCAUCUUUCUGUUUGUAUGCUGUUUCACGUUGAUGCUGUACGUUGAUAAGGCGCUGGCCUUUGCGACGGUCGUUCUCCUGCGCUUCUUGGUGCUGCCGCGUAACAUCCGCAUUGGCCUCAGCGGCCUGCACAUUGCGCCGCUGCAGGGACGCGUUCUCUUUCGCGACUUCACAUUCCAGACGGAGAAUUUGUCGCUGCACAUUGUGGACGGCUACGUUACCCUGGCGUUCUGGGGCUUCUGGUUCAAGCGCUCCCGCUGGAGUCGCGUGCACGAGUACAUGGUGUGUGACACCCUUGUCGGUACUCGCUGCCGGGUGCGGCGCAACCUCGCCUAUGUGAAAGGUACCGUCGUCCACGUCGAUGUCGAAAAGCGGAAGGUGUCCGUGCAGUUCGAUGAGCAAGGCACAAACAGCAGCGGCGACGACAUCGACGUGGACGACGCGGGCACUGGCACAGAGCCGCAUCCCGACCCCCUCCCUCGGCUCUCUGGUGAUCUGAACCACUCAGUGCUGCGGGAGACCAACUCGACGCACAACAGCAAUUACAGCAGCGCAGGUGAGAGCCCGAACGUGAAGGAGGCGACGCCCGCGCCGCUGCCGCCGCAGUCGCAGUGUCGCAGCACAUUGAAGGAGUUCACCACGCCCGUCUCCGUGCCGGAUGCGGAGGCGCUGAAGCGAGGCAGCAACCCGCCCGCCCGCUCUGAGGGUCUCGGGGACGAAGUGGUUAAGGUGGUGGACGCCAACGACGUCUUCGUGCGCAGCCGAGCCGGUCUCCUCCAAAUCCACCUCAACGGCGUGCGCUUGUGCAUAUACAACGCAACGGGGAAGUAUUUGGACCUCGCCAAGGCAGCGGCGACGCAGGCGGCGAACUCCGCCUCUGCCACCGCUGCUGGCUCAGUACGCGAGGGCCGCGGCAACAACAACAAUGGUAGCAACACCGCCGCUGCUGCUGCUGCUGCUGCGGCGGCGGCGCGGAGAGAUAAGCGAGGCCCCACCGCGGACGAGAAGAAGACACGAAAAGCAGAGGAGGCGUUGCGGCGGCACGGCAAGGUAGCGACAGCGAAGGAGGGUGUGAAGCGAGCCGUUAUUCAGUGGGUGCGCAAGGCGGCCGACAACUCGCAGGGCUGGGAGCAAAAUGAUCUGGACGCGCAGGGGAUGACGGAGCCGCCGGUGUCCGCCGAGGUGCGGGCGGCGCGGAAGCUGCAGGAGCACAACAUCCUCAACACGUCGUUUGCGCAGAAGUUCUUCAACUUUAUCGGCUGCGUCGAGCUUGAGAUUUGCUCUGCGCAUGUUGACCUCGGCGCCGUUGCGGGGACCCAUCCGUACUUCUUACACCUGACGUUCCACCAGGGCGAAGGCCGCGUGUUUCUUACCAAGGACAGCUGCCCCGCACUGGACCUUUAUCGAUUUGUGACGGAGCUGACGCUGCGUGAGGUGGAUGUGCGGAUGGCGCAGCUGGACAGCAAACUCAGCAAGACCCAAGUAAUGCGUAACGCCACGCUGUACGAGUGCGCGCGGCUGCUCUUCUCGGGUGUGGCGGAGUCCUACGAGCACCUGCCCUUUGAGACGCCAUCGUCGUCGGAGCUGAUUAGCCAAUACGGCGUGCUGAUGGACGGAAAGGAUAAGGGCACCGUGCACCUCGUGUGCUACAAGGAUGCCGCCAACGUGUACGCAGGCGAACCGGUGCGUCGCGGUGCGCUGCCCACGACAGGCGUGGAGGUUCUGAUUGACACGCCGGUCAUUCGCUAUGGCCCCUGGCUCGAGUACUGUCGCAUGCAGCUGUGGCAGUACUUCUUGCCGCCGAAUUACCUGCCCCUGCAGGAGCUGCAGUUCGUUGUUGGCCUGCCGCGGCCGAACGCCGGGUUUGAACUGCUCGUGCUGUUUCUGCGCGACACCACGUGCGAGAUCCCCUUCAAGCGACGCAGCAUCGUGCCGUCUCCGCCUUUCGGGAUUAAGGACUCGCGGCGCAAGGCGAAGAUGGUCGCCACCAUCGGGGCAGGCGCGCAGUACAUCCAGCCCGCCUUCUUUCUCUUGCCAAAAGAGGAAAAGCAAGUCUUCCAGGGCCUGUUUAUCGCGAAGGACGUCACUGUGUGGGCUAACUGCGUGCUCGACCGCGAAACCAUCUUGUGCCACGCCGACUCCGUGCAGUUCUUCGUGGAUCGCCAGGACGAUCGACUAUGGAAUGGGCGGAAGCUCUUUAACAUCCUCACAAAGUUGUCGGGGGUCGAGAUGUACUGGUACAUGGUGUAUGUGGACUAUUUCCUCGACUUGCUGAACGACUGGCAGUUUGCCGCCAGCAUGUACCACGACGCCCCUCUCUCCACCGAGCUCUUCAACACGCUUAAUCGAUCGGUGCGCGACUUCAUCCCGAACGUGAAGCGGUUUGAGGUCUUUGUUGAGUCCACAGCGUCCAUUCACCUCAACGUGAACACCCACAACGUCGUCUACGCCGAGGACCCGAACGACCUGGCGCACAACAUUAUGGCCACCGUGAAGUUGCAGUCGGGCAGUUUUAGCGUGGUGCUGCCGAGCGACCAGUAUCAGCUCAGCUACGAGAACGAAGUGACGAGGCCCCUGGAGGCCUCGGCGCGGGAGAUCAAAGCGUACCUCAGCCUGCCACCGAGCCACCCCCUGCAUGACCAGGCGAGCGCUACGAUCCCUUGGGCCUACUCGGAGACGUUCAAGAUGAACGGCCUGUUUGUCAUGCAGGUGCCAAACCAGUCGAUCCCCAUCUCACGCGACAACAUGGACCCCACCACCGGGCGUACGAAGCUGCACAACUACUUCACUUUGGAUCUCGAGUUUACAAACUUGCGAGGCACGUUGAUGGGCACGCACAUUAAAGCCCUCAUCCAGUCCUUCCAGAACAUUUUCCUCGACAACACCUUCACCAUCGCCCCGGACGAGCUCUUCUGGCUGCUCGCGAAGCUGCAGUCACACGCCACGACGGGGAAGAACAAGCGGAAGGAGUUUAAGCAGUUUUUAGAGCAGAGCCAACCCGCCGGGAACGAUAUGGAGAUUUGCGUGUCGGUGCGGCUCGUCGACGUGAGUGCGACCGCCACGACCGGGCAGGUGAACGGCUCCCCGCAGGUGAACCUCUCCACCGGCCUCGUCACCUUCACAUACGUCAAGCAGUUCGCUGUCACCGACACGGGCGUCACACUCUCGCCGAUUACAGUGCGCUUCCCCGACCGCCGCGGCAACUUCUCUCGCAACGCGGAGUCGAACAUGGUUGUCGGUGCCAUCGCCGUCGCGCUGACGAAGCACUUCGGCCAGAUGCCGCUCAAACCCAAAGUGCACGAGUCGAUGGAGGUCAUCGUCGACGGCGUCUCGCUGGAGGCCACGGCAGAGCAGCUCAUGCUGCUGGUGGACGUGGCGCAGACGAUAGGGCGGCAUUUAUUGGCGGAGGACAUGAUGAUGGAGGCGGAGGUGGCGGACGCGCUCUCCGCGGCGGAGCUGCUGGCAGAGAAGGUGGUCCGAGCAGGCCCACUGCGCAACACAACGGACGCUCCCCGCUCCGGCGGUAUGCGUCGGCGUCGUGCCGGCCGCGGUGGGACGGCGCUCUUCGGCAGCGGCGCUGCGGUGCCCGCCGGACCGGUUGCCCUCAAUGCCUCCUUCGAGCCCAGCCCAGACGAUCCGGAGGGUACGAGCCGCGUGGACGACGACGACGACGCGGCGGGGGACGCGGUGGAGAUGCAGGAGUGGCGCUCCGCCCGCCGAGCCGCGGCGCUGCCCCAAGGCUUUCAAAUCCCCGGCGAGAUGGAGGGCGAGGAGGAGGAGGUGCAGGUCAGCGUGCAGCCGUCCUUCAUCACCUCCACCCCCACCACCACCGCCGUUCCCUUUUCGCAAACGGCGUCGGCCGUGUCCCCGCAGGAGCCUUUAGAGCCGUUCAACACCGGCGGCGGCGGCGUCCCCAUCCUGCACUCCUACGAAAACGACGCCGCUCGCCCGUCCACCGUUGGCAAGCACGGGCACAGCCGCAAGCGUCGUCGCCUCUUCUUUGCCGACUCGCCCACCUCCAGCGCCCACACCUCCGACACGGAGCACGACGUGGCCCAUCAGCACCCCUUCGCCUCGACAGUGCCCUACGACGUCGCACUGGGUUUUGCGAACUUCAUGGAUGAGUGCAACAAGGCCAGCGACGACUCGAAGGACUACGGACUCUUCUUCUUGAUGGUGAACAUAGGCAGCGUGCGUGGGGUAGUGCGCAUCGGCGAGGACGGCUACGCCGCGCUGGAGCUGCCGGCGGGUGUGACGAUGGCCCAGUCGACGGUGAACGACGGCAACUCGAACAAGCGCCUGAGUGCGGCUGCGAAGGACCUCGGUGUGCAGCUCAUGCUACACCGCACCAGCGAAAUGGCCCUCUUCUACCUGCCCUCUUUGAAGGAUGAGUCGGCGGGGGGCAACUAUUUGGAGGUGAUGGCGCUGCACACCUCACUCUGUGUGCGGCAGUACGUCGCCUACCCGUUUGACAAAAGUCUGGAGAACCACCGCAGCAAGCAGAUGCAGUUUGUGGAGGAGAACGACUACGAGCAGCUCAUCGGCUUCCCUUUUCAGAACGCCGCGACGCACUGCCCUCCAACGGUGCCAUCAAAGACGCCGGCGGCAGCGGCGGCCAAUGCGGAAACUGCCGGUCAAGGCGUGUCGUCGUCAACGCGGAGAACGCCGAGCACUGCGGUGGCGAUGCCGGAACCGGCCACCAUGCCUCGUCCCACUCCACUCAACAAAACGAAGGCGGCAGACCUCGCUGCUGCCGCCGCUACAAUGUCUUUGGUUACUGAAGCUCCUGAUGCAGCAACACGGGGUUACUCACCAGUGGCAAACCAAGCUUCUGGGUCUGUGCCACCGAUGCCGCCAACAACGCGCUCGUGGAUACCUGCAGAGCUGUUACUGCACCCGCCAGGCUCAAGCGCUGAAGGAGACAACUCGGCGGCUUCGCCGUUGCAGCCACGCCCCUUCCCACACGACAGCCGCGGCUCCGACGUCUCCUCCGACUCCCUCGACACGAUGGCACACAACAACAAUGCGAAGGGCAACGACAACGACGCUUCUGGCGGCAAGUGGAGCGGGUGUGCAAGCCUGUCCGAUACAAUGUUCCCAACAGACAAAGAGAAGCCGGAGGACAGCAACCGCUUUGAGACGUGCGUGUCGCUCUCCGCUGACAGCUCCGCUUCCUGCACCGGCAGCACGGACGACUUCUUCAACGACUCCUCUUCCGAGGACUCUUCGCGGCGGAUGGUAGACAACCGCGCCUUUGCGGCGGACCGCUGCGUCGGCCACAGCGGCAACGACGGACCUGUACCCGCCCGCGCCGGCAGGUCUCCGCAGGCCCCGCAGGGGCCUCAAAGCACCAAACCCAGCACCGCGCCGUCCAAAGGUUUCCCUGCCGGCGGCGCUCCCGGUGCGAGGGGGUCUUCCGCGGCGUCCGUCCACGUCCCUCCGCACCUCUUCUACCGCACCUUUGACAAGGCGGAGAGCGACGACAACGGCGUGUGCGCGACAGACUACUGGCCGCCGCAGCGACCCAGUGGGCCGCAGAAGGUGCGGGAUCGCACCGGCUUUCAUGCACAACUCCCCAUCGUCGGCUUUUACCCGAACCUCGACCUCCCAACGCGCGCGCCCGUCUUCUUUUCGAGUAUGAAGCGAGACAUGCUGCAGGCAGAGGCGGACCUCUUCGCGUGGGCCCGCUGCGUCGUCGACAACCGCGAGCGCUCCAAGCACAACUCCACCUCGCGUCACUUGCACGUGGCGCUCUUGGACCCGAUGACGGUGUUGGUGACACCCGAGGCGGCGGUGCUGGCCGGGGCCGCGGUGCGCCUCUUUCUGCAGAUGCACGCGUCGCUUGGGGGUCCCAAGAACACCGACCUGCAGCGGGCCGCGUCCCCGUUGGUCAACGCGGCCAACUCGACCUCGCCGGCGGCUGCGCCACCGCGAUUGCUGCGAUCGCACGCCAAGAAGAGCAAGACCCGCACCCAGCAGAAGCGUUGGCUCUGGGAAGACAACAUCAUGAGCGUGUCCGUCCCCGCGAUUGAGGUGAAGCUGCUGACACGGCUGCCGGUGCCGGCGGAGAACCUGCCAGACCCGUCGUGUGCGGUGGACGGCGUGUACAGCUCGACAAUUCUCGUGCGCAACCUGCGCGGCAUUAUCGCACAGAACCGCCCGCCGAGCGGCGAGGAGGUGGGCGACGCUUCGCAGAAGGUGUCCGCCUCGCUAAAGCUUGACACCUUCGCCGUUGUGACGCAGAUCGAGUGGGAGCCGCUGCAGCGGGAGGGCAACCUGCUCGCCAAGGUGCCGCUGGUCUGGUACGACAGCGCGAAGCCGUCGUUGGCGGUGGUGUUCUUGACGCAGGUGGCGGGGAAAGGGAAGCGAGAUUUGUGGCGCGGCACAGACGGCGGGGCGUGCAACAUUACAACAGCGCAGAUUGCCUGUCACGUGACGCGCGACUUUGCGGACUACGUUGAUCAACUCCGUCAUCUCAUUAAGGAGGUCAUCGAGGACGUGCGAGGUCGACUGCGGGCGGCAGGCAAGGAGAGACUGUCGGGAUCAUGGAUAGCGUACAAUGAGAGUUCGUCGGUUACGCCAGGCAACACGGAUGCGUCCCCGCUCAGCCCUGAAUGGAACGCCUUUGUUUCUCGGGCCGGGGAGGGCGCCCGCACGCACAAGAGUAGCACGAUCCAAGGCAAAGGCUUUCUAGGAAGCGUCACCAUUCGGUUGAUCGACACAGCGCGGGUGAGGCAGCGGAUUGUGGUGAAUGAGCACGAGGUGAGCCACGUGGAGCUGCGGAAACCCUUCUGCAACUUCGUGGCUGUCAUGCCGAGACUGCUGCGGGAUCGGCAGGUGCACAUCCAAGGCGUUGGUGAGAUUGAUCUGGUCAGGGCGCACGUGCUGCCGUCGGCGCUGCACGUACUGCGUCCCCGCGCAGCCCAGCGAAACCGCAGCAUCGCGGCGAAGUUGCCGAGUGGCUCGCCGCACAACGGUUGUGGUGUCGGCGGUAAAUCGCCCGCCGUGAGCGUGCCGACAUUCUUGGGGUCACCCCAGACGGCCACAAUGAUGGAAGGGAGGUCAGCCUUCAGCAUUUCCUCUCCGCAGGAAAGUUCCGCAGCCGCCGCAGCUGCCGCACGGCAAGGUCCAGAGAAGGGUAAGCCGCUUCUGAUGAUCUACGAUGGCACCUUCACGGUGCAUCAGCUGGAUUUGAGCGCGAAACACUCGGACAGCAACUACGUUCGUCUCUUAGGAAAGGAGCUGACCGGGUGUGCGGAGUCGCGCAUGGAGUCGGUGGCGUCGCGGGAGUGCGUGCAGACCGAAGCGCUGACCGAGACCAUCUCCGAUGUCCUGAAGGCACGGCUGCGCUCCAAGGCCAACCGAGCCCGGGAGCGGGCGAAGCGCAGCCGCUACCCCGCCCCGCCUGAAUCGACCGAGCAGCUUCACCUACACUCCACUGCUUCCUUCUUUGCUCAUCAACUUCAACUGCACUACGUCGCGGAGUGUGCGAUGGAGCCCAUCUCGCACGAGUCGGGCCCGCGAUGUGAGACGACCGCCUCUGCGCCGCACAUCAUGCAAAGGAACAAGAUCUUCACCGCGGACAUUGCCAGCGUCGUCCUCGUGGCGCAGUUUGCCUCGCAGUUCAACGUGCGCGGGGAUCAAACGAACCUGCACAUGAUCGUGCGCCACGUCGUUUUCGACUCGCCGUACUGUCUGCAAGCGGCGGAGAUGCUGCACCCGCAGGUGAACGCCCUCGUCAGCUCGUGGCGCAAUGCGGUGAGCGAGAUCACCAACUCGAUGCGUCGUGAACGCGGCGACGGCUCCAAGUCCUCCGUCGCCGCUGCCACUCGGCGCGGCGUCUCGUUCUCAGACAAGGAAGUGAGCCGGGUGCGGCGCAGCAGCGCCAUCACGUUGCAAAUGCAGGCCACGUCCAUCACCGGCUACGCCGGACUGCCGCAGGGGAUCGUACAAAAGUUUUUGCUACCGCAGAUCUCGUGCUUCACGAAGUCGUCGUCAAAUGGACGCGUCGAUGUGAAGCUGCACUUACACCCCUUUACGAUCACCGCCCACAACGCACCACAGGAGAACUACCGAGUUGUGCUGCCGCACGUGUAUCUUCUCUACAGCCACGACACCAUCAAGAUGCUCUGCAGUGUUACCAUGGGCACGAUUGCCAUCACCAUCACCCCGCUCUUCAUCAACCACACCUUGCUCACCUACGAGAAGCUGAUCAACGACGUGCUGGUGGUGCUCUCCUCACCCGCCGCCAGCGACGAGACGGUGGGCUCCCCCACCUCUCUCUCUCCGGGAGCAAACGACGACGACGGCGCCAUGCGACGCGACAGUUCGAGUUGGCCCUCCGGCGGCAGCGGCGGCGCCGGGAACGACGACGUCGGCCAGGACACACACACACGCGGCAAACCCAAAGGCGGGCGCGAGCGGGACGCCGCUGACAACAGAGGUGGAGGUAGUGUUCGUAGUGGCGGUGGAAAUCCUCUAUCGAGUGACCGCAAAGUCACGUCGGUCUUCGCUGAUGAGCAGCAGCAGCAGCAGCCUUCUGUCGCAGAGCCCGACAACUCCCGCUCCUCCGCCGACGGGCCGCGUCGCCGCCGGCGUAGCUUUCUCUUCCUCCUGCAGGGCGUGCGGCUUUCUUACUUGACCUCCAUGACGACGCUGCGGUUUACGAUACGCAACCUCAACGCCACGGCCGACACGACGGAGGGCCACAGCCGGCAGACACUGCGGUGGGUGGUGCACGUGACGGAUGCGCAGGCGGCGCUCGUGGACCGCGACGAUCACGACCAGAUGAUGGCUACCUACAAUAAUUUAACCGGUGCCAGCAACGGCGCGAGCCCGACGGUGCGGGACAUGGCGCAGGUCGCGGCCACCGCCUUCGGCAACGGGCGGGGCAUCGAGACGGCCAACAAAAUGAAGGCCGCGCACCCGCUCGGUGGUUUUCUCUGGGGCUCCGUCGGCCUCUCACUGACCCUGUCCAGCGGCAAGGUAGAUGAGAACCGUCUCAAGAAGACGCUGCAGGAGUCCGCGUCCUUCAGCAGCUACAGUGAGGAGCUGCGUAACGCCUUAAUGGAGUCCUUCACUAACUCGACGUCGAAGUGGGAGCUGGCAGUCUACGAGCCGCUGGUGAUCCUGCGCAUUGGCCUCGACGCGCUCAUCAAGCAGUGCCUGCAGGAGACCGAGGACGACGUGCGGGAGAUGAAGCGGGUGACCCACGAAGAAAGCCUCACCGCCAUUCUGCAUCUCCACCGUUUGAAGCGCUUCCAGCGGCUGCAGGCGAAGAAGAGGAGGCUUGAUCGACUCCUUCGUCGAGCUCAGAAGGAGCAGCAGCGCAAAUUGCGCACCAUGACGGAGCAGGUCGCCCACGACAUGGCGUACCGCCGCGGCGGGGCCCACCCCGAGGGCAGCGAGAACAGCGGCGGCGACAUGCUCGACCACUUUAGUACAGUGAAAUCGCACAAGGUGGUCGCCACCGUCACGGGGUUCUUGGUCGUGGUGCCGUUUGGCGAUGCUCCGUUUCGCCGCAUCUUGGAGAAGCUGCCGGACACGUUUGCGUGUGGGAAGACGGACCGCCACAUCCACACCGCGUCGUGCCUGAACCGACGUGAGCUUAUUCCGUCCUACGCGCUGAAGAUCAAAGUGAGCGACCUGUCCUUUAUCUGUAACGUGGAGGUGGUGAAGCGACUGGUGCCCGUCCUGGUCGCCGACCCCUCCGGCCACCCCGGACUGCCCGACUCCAUCUACGCCACGGGCGGGUCUGUGAGCCAGGGCUGCAACACCACCAUGCUCUUCUCUGGCCGGGUUCUAGCGCAGGACAGCCACGUCUUCUUCACGGGCGGGUCGCCGCUGCGAGGCGAGGUGACGCUAAGCGACAUCCUCCGCACGACGUCGGUGCUGGGUGGAAAAGGGCUACUCACCAGCUACGCCGCGGAUGAGCACGAGCACUCGCUGAACAACUUCGCUGUCGACUCGAUUGAGGUCCCGCUGCGUGUGGAGCGCCAGUCCAACACGAUGACGGUGGGGGUGGUGGUCGACGUGUCGGAGCCAAAAGGGUGCAUCUCCUCGCUGUUGCUCAGCCUCCUGCAGCAGCUCUCACUGGAGCAGCCGACCUCGAAGUUGGAGGCGCACCUCCUGCCGCGUCGCCGCCGUGGUCGAACUUCGACGCAGGCGGAGCGGGCGAGAGCCAGCAGCGGGGGCGACAACCAACGCGUACUCUACAGCGAGGAGGUGCAGGCGCCGACAGAGGAGCCGAUGUGUCUGCACCUCGACAUCACCGGCCGCAUCGAGGCGAGUGAGCUGGCGGUGUACUGCUUCUCUGACCCAGAGCGCUUCAGCACGGCGAAUACAGCGCAGAAUGCCGGUGCGGCGAUGGGCGGUGGCAGCGGUGGGAGUUACCCCGACUCUCACACCCUGCGUGCCACGAAGCUGUCCAGCACGGAACGGCGGGUGGGCUUCGACAUGGGGUUGACCAUCCCCGGCAACAGCCGCUGGCGGACGCCGAAGAACACGCCGGCGGACGCACCGGGCCAGGCCGGCAUCGCAGACAAUACGCACAAUCGCUACCUCAUUAUGUCCCUCCCGCUGCCUGGUGUGGUGGUGCGCACCGUCGCACGUCGCGGCCGGGGUGAGGGCGUCGAUGAUAUCGCCAUGGUGCGUGCGGAGCUGCGUGUUGGCACGAUGGAGCUGAGCCCCUACAUCACCGCCCUGGCCCAGGAGGUGGAGAUGUGCACCACAAGCUACGUGAAGCAACGCGUGGAACGCAACAAGGGCAUUUUUUCCUUUGUGCAGCAAAUGGAGGAGGAGGUGCCGCUGCUCGGGGUGCCGCUGCAUUGCGCGCUGAUCGAGGUGCUGCUGCCGAUGCCGCGUGCGUAUGCCGCGGCGCUCGGACGAGAGGAGAUGCACACCGCCGUGCGGCUGCGUCGCUCACAAGCGCAGGGCGGUGGCGGCUACGCGGCGGACGACGGCGCCGACAACGACGAUGACGACGGCGUGCGCAGCGUGUCGCCGCCACCGCAGCGGAGGGCGCGGGGCCUCACCGCCGUCCACCUGACAAUUAGCGAUUUCUGCCUCGUUUUCACCACGGAGCCUGCGGCAUCGACGUCCUUCACUCUCUACCUCGACAACGGCGGCACCAUCGACGUCAUCUUUAAGCACUUUCUACGCAACGACGUCAAGGAGCGCUUUCUCCGCAAGUUCCCCGACGUCUCGGUCGCCGUCACGCUGCGUCGCUUACGGGCGGAGUGCCAGACAAAGCUGGAGGUGAAGUCGCUUGAACUCUUCUUGCCAGAGGCGGAGCUCAGCAUCAGUCGGCGAAGCGGCCUCAUUGGCGUCGUCGACAACAUCGCGGCGUAUUUUCCCUGCAACGCCGAAGGCACCGAGCCGAACCUCACGGUGCGCCUGCAACACGUCUCGCAGCUGUUCCUUGUCCUUGACAUGUGGUCGUUUACAACCUCCGAGACGCUGCGCUCCAUUCGGCAUCUCUUUGCCCGCGGUGCGGCUGGUGACGACAUUGCAAAGCGCAUGGCGCGGACCCAGUUGGGCCAGCAGGUGGUGAAGGGCAACCACGCUCUGCACGAGGUGCGAGCGAAGGUGGUGGAUCGACGUAGAAUUGUUUUCGUCGGUCUCUCGCACGCGCUCUGCCUCUGCGACAUCGGCGCGGGGAGUGCCCAUCACUUCACCAUUGGCGAGGCGCACAUGGUGGCCGAGGCGGCGGUGCGGGCGACGGGGUGCUCCGUCAACCUGCUGAUUGGCCGCGCCACGAACACGUCCAUCCGCUCCGAAGGCGUGCUGUCGGGAGGGAUGAUUAUGGAUAACGUCUUUGCGAAGGCCUUCGUCAUUCAGAACGCCGAGGACGCGGAGGUCUUCGUCCGCUCGCCGGAGCAGCGCACGUUCCGUGAAGCGCUGCUGGUGCAGCAGGUCCACGUGAACUUCAAAGAACGGCAGCUGAAAGACGUGUUUGACUGCAAGGUUGGUGACUUCCGCGGCAACUCGAUGGACGGCAUCGGCGAAGAGGAUUUCACUACGACCGACCUGGACGCUUCACUGCACCACGGCUCGCUCGGGGUAACACCCAGCACCGUGCCCGCCCUGCUUAACUUCGUGCGCAACAUCAGCACAAUCAUCGCGGAGCAGCGCCGCGUCUCUGCGGCGAAGCUGAAGGAAAAGACGCUCCACUUGCGCCAUGCGGAGAGCGCCACGAAACGGCCGCGCAGCGUCCCCAAGGCGGGAGGAGCGAACGGGUUUGACCAUCUGCCGGCAGCCGGCCCAGAGCACGGCAGCGACUCGGAGAACAGUCACAGCAGCACUUCCACACAGCCCGCUCGCGGGUGCAUUCCGCACUUCGGCAAUCGGCUUUUGCGCGUUCCCUGCGGCCAGUUCCGCAUCGGGCUCGACGAUACGACCGUGUUGUUGGGUGCCAUCUCGUCCAGCGAGGCCACCUCCGGCUGCGUCGUUGUCAGCUUCUCGAAAGGCCGGCUCUCCUUUGCCGAGUGCCCGUGUGACGACUACCGCGCGGCGAAGAAGGUGUUGGUGAUCGAGACGCACAACGUGGAGCUCUUCCGUCCCGGCGCUCCGCGAGUCGUGGUGAUGGGCUUCCACGGCGUGAACCACUUUGAGUUCUACACGCGUCAGGUGCUGGGCAGCGCCGAGGUCGGCUUCACCCUCACGCUGCGGCAGACCAACCCAUGGACCGGCAACCCGCGCUUCCGCGACUUUGAGGAGAUGAUUCAUCUCAUCAAGUCCUUCACCGAUAAAAAGAACGCGGAUGUAAUUAAGAAGUUCGGCCGCGUGGACACGACGACGUUCCCCGCCGACGGCGCCGGCUCCCCGCUGCCCCGCGAGAGAGGGGUGACGGGACUUGCGGCGGGCAUGGUGGACCUCGAUAGUCAGACCAGCCCCACGGAAUCGAUCAGGGCCUCCCCCACGGUGGAGAACGUCGCGGCGGUGGUGAAGAUGGAUGAGCGGACGCUGAAGGCACUCCGCAGCUCCAAGUUCUCGCCGCAGCUCCGCUUUGGCGGCGACGUUUCGGUAAACACGGAGGUGAUUCUCAACUGGCUCGGUGUGACGGAGAAGAUGCUGCCACACGUGGUGCACAUGGCGCUGUGCGACAAGCUGGAGAAGCUGCUGAACUCGCUCGCGUCCUUCGCGAGUGAGCGAGUGCAUCGGCGCAAACGGGCAGACACAGAGGAGAGUGCAAAACCGCCUUUGUCGCGGCCGGAAGAAGCGCGGAAGUUGGAGUACCACUAG